UACGGCGUCUCCAGUGUCCUCAGGCGAAGACUGUUGCUCAACACUACGUGUUCAUUCGAGGCGUCUCCUCGUCGUCUCCUGUGUGACUAUCAACUUUUUAAAAAAAAGGUAUUUUUGUCACAAAAGGUGACAUUUUCCUGCUAUCUCGCUCGGCCGCUGCACGUCGCCAUGAACGGGAAGUCGGCCAACGGCACGGCGGGGGGAAUGGCGUGUAUCGACGGUCUGCCGCCGCUGCCCAAGAGCCUGAGCGGCUUGCUCAACUCCAGCGGCGGCUCCUGGAGGGACAUGGAGAGGAUGUACGUGAAGAAGACCAUGAUCCAGGACGACCUGAGCCGAGGCAGGAACAACGCCGACAACCUUCUCGCCAACAAGCCGGCCAGCCUCGACGCCGCCCUGGCUCUCCUGCGGAAAGAGAUGGUGGGCUUGCGACAGCAGGACAUGUCUCUGCUGUGCCAGCUGUGGUCGCUGCACGAGUCCAUCCAAGAGUACAAGGGCAACUGCCAGGACCUGAGCGCCGCCUCCAGUCUCAGCAUGAUGGACAAUGGCUACUUCGACGAGGACGACGAAUACUACCCGGACACGGGCGCCACGCCCACUGGCGACCAACCGGGUGGAAAGUCUGGAGAAGGGAUGACUACGGCGGGAGCGGCAAAGAACGGUGGAAGUGUUGGCAAAGACGACAGCUGGGAGUCGUUUCGCGUCAACAUCUGAACCCUUGCUCUCGAGAACCCAUGAUUGUUUGGACGGCAGCAAGAAGGACUUUUGCCAGCCUUUGGUAUGUUUUUACUAUCCUGAAUGGGAAUGUGAGUCCAGCCUAAUUUGAGCGCCUCCUCUGGUAUAUACUGGUCUUGCAGGGGGCAUGGCUUCAUCACCUGAAGCUUACAUUGUCGUCAAACAUUCCCAAUGGACUUUUUUUAGACUUGUUUACUCAAAACAAAAUUUAGUAAUAUACUUUUUUUUAUAAAAUGCUGCCUCAUCCAGCAGUUUUUCCAUCUUACAUCUCAGUGUAUCAAAGUUUUAUUAUUUAUUUGAUAGUAUAAGUAACUAAAUAUCCGCUCUUCUAUUGCUCUGAAAGCGUCGGGCUGCAACAUCGGGAAGAGUUUGCAGCCAAGAAAUAAUUUAUUUACCAGAACAACCGGGACAACGGUGGUCGUACAGCAGUGAAUUUUUUGGUACAACGUCGGAAGUUGUCUCCAAAUUAUUGUCAACCCGUGAGCACCAAUUAGCUGCUCAAAUGUAGCCCCACUCUUAAAACACAGUAUACAUCCUUGAAAGUAGCCGUAAACUGGCAAGCUAGCAAACUGUAGCAAAACAGAUGAAAACGUUAGCAGUUGGCAGGUGAUUACAGGGUCUUUUUCUUACCUCUUCUUACGUCAACAGAUGUCAUGCUAGCAACGUUUUUACUUGUUCGGGCGCACUGUUAGCACCUGGAUUACCAGCUCUCCGUCUUCCUCCCUUCAAUUUAUGUUGUCUGUAUACGUGACCAAAGAAACGCUCAGCAUGAAAUGUAUCGUACAUGCCGACCACCUAAAAUUCCUCCACAGCUAUUUCUGGAAAUGUAAAAAAAAAAAAGAAUGUCUCCACGCCGUCUUGAACAUCUUCACUACAGGGUUUUGCCGUGCCUUUAGUUCAUGUUAAUUAACGCUUGUUGUGUUUACGUUCAAACACAUGCCACUGACUUACAAAAGACUGUCUAAAAAUUUGAUUUGAAAUCGUAAUGUACUCCCACUGGAUACUUCAUUAGGUAUACCUGAUCAAUGUGGCUUUGGUCAUUAGUCCGACAUUUCUUGUGUGUGGAACACAGGCCGCAGUUUUAUUUAGGUUGAGCUAAAAUGUUGGGGGGGGGGGGUUGUAACAGUAAUUGAGAUCUAAACCUGUGACAGAAAUGGAAUGUAUAUCUAUAAUUUUGUAUCGGUUAUUAUUUGUAUUUAUUUUUUAAACUGUAAUUCACCAAAGCAUCACAAAUCGGGCUUUCAUAUUGGAAUGCAUUGGAAGACCCUAAAACAGGGGUAGGGAACCUAUGGCUCGAGAGCCAGAUGUGGCUCUUUUGAUGACUGCAAUGAAUAAUUCCGCUGGUAAUCACAGUGUUAAAAAUAACGUUCAAAAUAUAAAACAUUCUCAUGCAUUUUAAUCCAUCCAUCCGUUUUCUUCCGCACCUGUUCAAGAAGUCACAUUAAUGGUAAGAAGUAUUUUUUUUAUUAUUGGUUAGCUUCAGAAUAACAAUGUUAUUAAAAAGAAUAAGAGACUUAUUAUACUCAAAAAAUGUUGGUCUUAUUUAAAAAUGCACGCAUUUAGUUAUAUUCAGUGUUAAAAAAUAUUAUAUGGCUCUCACGGAAAUACAUUUUAAAAUAUUUGGCUUUCAUGGCUCUCUCAGCCAAGAAGGUUCCCGACCCCUGCCCUCGAAGCUUCCCGAUGGGCUACAAGGUCUGUAAAUGUGCAACUUAUCUAAUUAGCUUUUGAAUUUUUUUUAAAGCUUUUGAAUUGUUUAAUGGUGUACCUAAUGAAGUGUUUGUUGAUUAUAACGACCAAUACUGGACUGGAGAGCAGCACGACACCACAAAAUGAAUUAUUAUGCUUCCGAAAAUAUGUUAAAUGUGUAUAAAUCAUAUCAAAAUAAUACUCAAGUGAAUUACUGUAGAAAAUUCUUAAUGAAUGACGACACUCAUGUAUUACUGAAUGUUUUGUCUGACACUUAAUUGACUUUUUCUUGUGCUGUAAAGAAGACUUUUAUCAGUGUCAUCAAAUUACAGAAGGUAUGUAGUUCAAACAAAGAUCACAAUGAUAAUUAGUAAAUAGAAAAGCACUCGGAGAGCGUAGAACUCCGCCAAGUGCCCGAUAGUAAAGAAUCCUUUAAAAAAUCCUGAGUCCAGACAGUGAUCCAGAUCACCCCUACAAUCAAAUGACAUGUUGACAUUUCCUGAAAGUUUCAUCAAAAUCAGCCCGUACAUUUUGUAGUAUUGUUGCUAACUGACGAAGCCCAGCAAAUACGUAAACUCCUGACGGAGGAAAUAAUGAUAAUAAUAAGACACUCUCAUUGGAUGUUUUCACUAUCAGUGCCUUUGCAAACCAUCAGGUGACUGAUGAACUAUGAGGACAUAUCACAAGCUACAGACUUUUUACAAGACACUUGCUGGCAUUUUUUUGUAAAUUCCUUUGGUGCAACAUGAGGGACUAAAACAUUAAUGUAGUUCAACAAAUAAAAACCCAGAAUGUACACAUUGAAGCUUGUGAAAUUUACUGUGUAGCAUGUUUUGGUGUGUUUAAGGUAUUACCCUCCCAAAAACGACAUUAAUGAAUAAGGGUGCUCUGCCGCAGUGCAAUGUUUCCCCUGGUCUGCCGAGAAUAAGAAGACUUAGCAGGAGGGGUCAGUGUUGAUACGUUGGUGUUAUAUUUAGCGAGUAUUCCAACCCCGACAUAGUCUGUUUUGUAAAAAAAAAAGUGACUGGCGACAAAUCUUUUAUUGGACAUUUUUGGAGACUCUGGCAUGAAAUAACGUAUGGCUCUUUUCAACGAGCAGCAGGUGAUGCUGUGAGCUCGUCCCUUCUAAACCCGCUCACAGGGGACUUGCUUGUGAUCAAAAAAAAAAGUGAUAGAAGGAAGUAAAUUUGACUUUGUAAACAUAUUUUUUGCUCACGUUUUGUCUCAUGCAUCCAUACCAAUUAUUUUCACAUGCGUUGUUUUCUAAAUUUGACGACGUCCCCUCUAGCCUGGCCCCCACGACCACAACCCACAGAUAGAUGGCAGUCCUAUGUGAAAUACUGCAUUCUUGCAAUAAGGCUGAAAAAUAAAUAAACAUACAGCACAAGUGAUUGGAAUUUUACACCAGCUAAAUGCUAACAUGUUAGCACUUGCUCAUAUCAACAAAAAGUAUGUGAUCAUCUGUGUAUCAAAUCAAUCAUAAAUGUGAAAUGUUUUUGAAUAAGUGACCAUCUACAAAUAAUGUUUGGCAUUAUUGUUGUUGUACGAGUUUUAAUGUUAAACAGCUACGUUGUCGAUGCAAUUAACACAUUUCCUUCAGAUCUAUGUAGACCACAAUGCCAUGGGGCUGUCAUAGCCACGCCAACACUUUGCUGGUUCAGAACAAACCAUUUUCUACGACAUUUUUAAGUUUAUGUGUAGAAAUAGGCUAAAAGUCAUCCUCCACACCAGCAGAGGGCAGCGUGUCAGCCUGCAUUGAGCGGUGUUGGUGCCAGAAAACGCUCAUUAUUGUGUUUUUCUCAAUGCAUCUGUUUUAUUAAUCAGUAUCGAAAAUCAAAUGCAAUCGAAAAUUAGUUGACUUUUAGCGCACAAUAUCACCUGCGUAGCAAAUAUACUCCACAUCUGGAUUGUAGCAUUUUGUGAGCAGACAAAUGAAAUGUCUUAACGUCACAUAUCGACUGUUUGCAAAAUAUUAAUCAUGCAUUAAGUCAUUGAUGCACAAUGAAUUUGAAUUCCUGUGUUGCACAACAAGAUACUGCAAGCAGCGUUGUUUAUUUCUCUGUAAAAAAAAAAAAAAAAAAAUACAACCACACUGCUGCUGAUAACAAUAAAAUGAGUACCGUA